GCAUGGGUCCGUGUCAGUCGUGCUCCGAGACUCUAACAAACCAAAAGUACCAAAAAAACAUAGAACAGCAAAAGAGCAAAGAACGGACGAGUGUUGGGCGCUAAAACGAAAUUAAAAACGAAAUUUUGCCAUCAAAAACAAACCAAAGAAUAACUCCCAGUGACUGUGCUUAAAAGAAAAGCUUAUCCUUAAAAAAACACAAAAAACCAGCAAACAAUUUUUUAUUUUUCAAACGACUUUUUUUCCGCACAUGCGCGAAUUUCGCGCAAAAAAAGGAAGCUUAAAAAGCAAAAGCCAAAAAAUAGACAAAAAGAGAAGUGAAAAGGAGCGCCGGCCCCUCUGCUCCUCUCUCGCACACGCAUCGCUAUCGCAGCAGCCGCAGCAGCAGCUUUUGUGCGUGUGGGUGUCGCUUUAACGGUGCCGCGGUCAAGUGAAGGAAAGGAAACACACAAAAGAGCGAAAUAGAGAGUGAGAGCGCGACUGGAAACUCGAGAGUAGGUGCUGCUCGCACGGUUCCCGUUUUUGGAUCCAACUUUUGGAGAAAUUCCGUAUUCGAAAAGCCUUUGAAGCCUUUGAGCCCUGCCGCCAAGAUGCAGAACUGGGAGACCACUCCGGCCGCCAGCUACGAGCAGCAUAAUCCAUGGUACAGCAGCAUGUUUGCGGCAAACAUUAAGCAGGAGCCGGGAUUGACCAGCGGCAACAGUGUGGCAAGUGGCAGCCCCAGCCCGAGGCAGUCGCCACUGCCAUCGCCGGGGAAUCACUUGGAGCAGUACCUCAAGCAGCAGCAGCAACAGCAUCAGCAACAGUUGCAACAACAGCCCAUGGAUACCCUGUGCGGGGCAGCAAUGACACCAUCUCCGAGCCAGAAUGAUCAGAAUAGUCUGCAACACUUUGAUGUGACGUUGCAGCAACAGUUGUUGCAACAGCAGCAAUACCAGCAGCACUUUCAGGCAGCUCAGCAACAGCAGCAGCAGGCACACCACCACCAUCAUCACUUGGGAUUAGGCGGAUUCAAUCCGUUGACACCGCCAGGAUUGCCCAAUCCCAUGCAGCAUUUCUAUGCCGGAAAUCUGGGACGUCCCAGUCCACAGCCAACGCCAACAGCAACACAGGUGGUGGCACCCACCCAAGUGGGUGAGAAACUGCAGGCAUUGACCCCUCCCAUGGAUGUGACGCCACCAAAGUCCCCAGCGAAAUCCAUUGAGAAGGAGCUGCUACACCACGAAAAGGAGCACGAUCAGAUGUCCAACUCGAGCGAGGAUAUGAAGUAUAUGGCAGAGUCCGAGGAUGAUGAUCAGAACAUUCGAAUGCCCAUCUACAAUUCGCAUGGAAAGAUGAAGAACUACAAGUGCAAGACAUGCGGUGUGGUGGCCAUCACAAAGGUGGACUUUUGGGCGCACACCCGGACCCACAUGAAACCCGACAAGAUCCUUCAGUGCCCCAAGUGUCCCUUUGUGACGGAAUUCAAGCAUCAUCUGGAGUAUCACAUCCGGAAGCACAAGAACCAGAAGCCCUUCCAGUGCGACAAGUGCUCCUACACGUGCGUCAACAAAUCCAUGCUCAACUCCCACCGCAAGUCGCAUUCAUCCGUGUACCAGUAUCGUUGUGCGGACUGUGAUUAUGCCACCAAAUACUGCCACAGCUUCAAGCUGCAUCUGAGGAAGUAUGGCCACAAGCCUGGCAUGGUGUUGGAUGAGGAUGGCACACCCAAUCCUUCGCUGGUGAUCGAUGUCUAUGGCACGAGACGUGGUCCCAAGAGCAAGAAUGGUGGCACUGACAGAAGCAGCAGCAGUGGCACCAGCCACAGCAGCAGCAGUCGAAAGAGCAAUGUGGCAGCUGUGGCGCCACAGCAGCAACAGCAGCAGCCACCAGUAGCAGCAGUCACCUCGCAGUUGAGUGCCGCUCUCCAAGGAUUCACCACUUCAGUGGCAGCUCCCUCGCCUGUAAUGCCCGCCUCUCCUGCCAAGAGUGUGGCAAGCAGCAGCAGCAAAGUGGACCAGCAGCAACACCAACAACAGCAGCAACAGCAGCAGCAGCAGCAACAGCAACAGCAACAGCAGCAGCAGCAGCAGCAGUCGCCUGCAAAUCUUCUGCCACCGCUGGCCAGUCUCCUGCAGCAGAAUCGCAACAUGGCCUUCUUCCCGUACUGGAAUCUCAAUCUUCAGAUGUUGGCCGCACAGCAGCAGGCCGCAGUUUUGGCACAACUUUCCCCACGAAUGCGAGAGCAACUCCAACAGCAGCAGCAGCAACAGCACCACUCGCAGUCGCAGCACAGCGACAAUGAGGAUGAGGAGCAGGAUGAUGAGUACGAGCGCAAGUCGGUGGAUUCUGCCAUGGAUCUGUCCCAGGGAACACCAGUGAAAGAUGAUGAGCAGCAACAGCAGCAACAGCAGCAGAAACCCCUGGCGAUGGUGAUGAAUCUGAAGCACGAGGAGGAAGCCACUCCUCUGAUGAGCAGCUCGAAUGCCUCACGUCGCAAGGGUCGUGUACUGAAGCUGGACACGCUCCUGCAACUGAAAUCUGCGGCUUUGAGCUCUCCUGAGCACGUCAAGGUAAUGCCCACUGCAUCAUCGCCCAUAGCAGGACGCAAACAGCUGCCCGAAGAGCAUUGUUCGGGCGCCAGCUCUGCGGAUGAGUCGAUGGAGACUGCGCAUGUACCUCAGGCCAAUACGAGUGCCAGUUCGACGGCCUCCAGCUCGGGGAAUAGCUCCAAUGCCAGUGCCAGUAGCAAUGGAAACAGCAGUUCCAACAGUGCAGCAGCGGCACCCGUUGUGGCAUCCACACCCGCAGCAGCAGGGGCCAUCUACGAGUGCAAGUACUGUGAUAUCUUCUUCAAGGAUGCGGUGCUCUACACCAUCCACAUGGGCUAUCACAGCUGCGACGAUGUGUUCAAGUGCAACAUGUGUGGCGAGAAGUGCGACGGACCCGUCGGCCUCUUCGUUCACAUGGCCCGCAAUGCGCACUCCUAAGAAAACACCAACCCAAAACCCUUGUUAUUAUUAUUUAUAUAUAUAAUUAUCCAUCAUCGUUGUCCUGAAUUGUACAUAUUCGUAGUAUUAAGUUUUCAAUUAAUUUUGUUGUCGAGAAUUGUAAAUAAUGCAUACCCUCAAAAAUCGUAGAAUUAGGUUUAGAAUCUAUCUGUAGAACCUAUCCGUAACUCUCUCUAACUAUCUAGAAUCUAUCUAUCUAUCUGCCUUUCGCUGAUUUCCAUUUUUCAUAUACGACUACAAACCCUGAAAAAGGUUUAAAAAAUUAUCAUCCCAAAAAAAUCGAAACAAAAA